GAGCUUUUUGUUCGGUAUUUGGCUACGUACUCCUACAAACAUGGCAGAGGCAAGGAGAAGAGCGCUCUAACUUACAGUGACCUGUCUCAUACCGCAGAAGAGUGCGAGACCUUUCAGUUCCUUGCAGAUAUCUUGCCAAAGAAGAUCCUAGCUAGCAAAUACCUAAAAAUGCUUGAAAAAGAGAAGCGAGAUGGAGGAGUCGGGGAAGAUGAUGAAGAGGAGGAAGAGGAUGAGGACAAAACUGUUGAUGAAGAUGUUGGAUCUUCAGAUCAACGGAGAAUUGCUUCAUAGUUGAUCCAUUUUCCAUUGUGUAAAGGAUGUUAUUUUUAUGACUGAGAAACCAGAUGCUGGAUAUAUUUAUAUACUGAGCCAUCUGCUUUUGCU